UACUACUAGUCAUGACAUAAGAUAUAGGUGUAGGGAAAGUUUAUGCCAGUCACAGUAUUCUGCAUGCAAUUCGUAGAUGAGUGGCGAAUAAUGGGUGUUCAAUACAGAAGACAGUUUUGAAGUAUAUACUGUAAGUUAUUUGAGUCACGCAAAGGAAAAGAAAAUUGAUUUGAGAUAGUCAUAUGACUAUAAUAAGUAGCACGCCAUUCAUCUCCAGAUUCACCACGUGCGAAACUGUUGUGUGUAUAUCCUCAACUUUAAAGUAUAGAAGUAGACGUGAAUAGUAGAGAACAGAAAUAACGUUCUCCUGCAGGUUGCGGAUACUAGGACGAGACAGCGUUAAAACAUAAAUUGAAUUUGAAGUUGGAGGCCAUGACGGGAAAUUCGUGUAUCGUGCUCCCUGAUGAUUACAAAGGAUAUAAUCUGGAGUUUUUUUGUGUCCCUCGUCAUUAUGAAGAUUCCCUAGAAUCUAUCUUAAUUCCCAGUGGAUUAAUUCAAGACAGAAUUGAAAGACUGGCUCGAGAUAUUGCAACUAAUCUUGGAAGAGAACCAUUUGCAGCACUCUGCGUACUGAAGGGCGGUUACAAGUUUCUUGCAGAUCUUCUGGAAAAAAUUAAACAGUGUUAUCGCUUUAGUGCCGUAAAUUCUGUUCCAUUUUCUGUAGAUUUCAUUCGUUUGCAGAGUUACGAGGAUGAUCACUCUACAGGAAAAGUGAAGGUUCUUGGGGUGGAUGGAUUAUCUUUCCUUCAAAACAAGAAUGUGCUUGUAGUAGAAGACAUUAUUGAUACUGGGAAGACAAUGCAAGUUUUGUUGGAAAUUUUGGAGAAGGAGAAACCCAAGUCAGUCAAAGUUGCAAGUUUGUUUAUGAAGAGAACAACUGUGAGCUCAGGAUUUCGACCAGAUUAUGUUGGUUUUGAAAUUCCAAAUAAAUUUAUUGUUGGGUAUGCCUUGGACUACAAUGAAUAUUUUCGAGAUUUGAAUCAUGUAUGUGUCAUUAAUGAGCAUGGGAAAGAAAAAUACUCCAAGAAGAAUUGCAAACUGUCAUCGUAAGCAAUGGGAACAAGUGAUCGACGUGAUCACUUCACUUUUAAGACUUAAUCUAACAAUAAACAGUUAUUUCUGAUUUUCUCUAUAAUCUAUAAAUAACAGUUUCAAAAAUAUCUCGAAAUUUUGUCAUCCUGACAUGUUCUUCACAUUUUCUCUUGUUAUAUAAAAUAUUUGUUAAGAGUAAAAAUUCUCUUCAACUCAUCCAAAAUAACUUAUUAAUCAUCAUUACAAAAUGUAAGCUGUGUAAUACAUUAUAAAAGUAAUACAAAGCCAAACCAAGCCUCUUUAUUUUAAUUAAACUAGGGGUAGAAAAACAAGUUUAAUAUUUUAUUUUGUUUUAAAAACUGUGCUGCUGUUUUUUGUAUAAAAUGAUGCCUUGGUUACAAGUCCUCAGUAAUGUAAAAGAUGUUGGUAAUACAUAAACAUUACAAUGUAAAUUAUUUGCACUUAGAUAAAGCUUGGCUUUUCUGAUGACUUCUGAUGCUUUUUACAGUGCAUGUUUUUAGCAUUGUAAGUUCUGCCUUAACUGCAAUUUGUCAACAUAUGUUUGAACAGGAGAAUUUUUGUUUAAUUAAUUAUAUGUUUGGUUGAAACUAGUUAUAGUAUAGCAACAUAAGAAUUUCUGCAUACAGAAGAUGACUACUGUAUUAAAAAUAAUUAUAGUAAUUACAUGUGCUUAAGAAUGAAACUAGUUAUAGUAUAGCAACAUAAGAAUUUCUGCAUACAGAAGAUGACUACUGUAUUAAAAAUAAUUAUAGUAAUUACAUGUGCUUAAGAAUGAAGUUCCAAUUGAUAAUAGAAUAAGACUUAAAAAACAUGUUUUUCUAACUUUAGUAUAUAACAGUGUCUACAGGCCUUUACUAAAAAUCAUCAAAGUUAUGAAAAGGAGAUGUCUAUUUGUAGAAAUUGCAUUGUAUUAGCUGUGAUAAAUUAAAUAUUAAGGAAUAUUGGUGUGCAAAUGGAGCACCUUGCUGUGAAAGUCACUCGAUAAACGUUUGUUGUUCUUCAAUAUAAAGAAUUUUUAAAAACUUGUUGGAAGCAAAGAGAUUUGAUAAGAAAUAUAUUACCACAUAUUUUGUAGAGUGAAAUUAAACUCAUUAUGGGAUAUGUAAUGCUGAUCUUGUGUGAAUAUCUGCUAUU